GUUAUAUUUGACCACUGAUGAAGAAAUAGAAAGAAGAAAGCAGCAGCAAUAAUUUUAGAACAAAAAAUUAUUCAAGGUGAUGGUGAUGAUAUGGGAAGAUCUAACAGUAACAAUUGGUGCAGACAACAAGAAGUUGCUUGAUGCUGUCACUGGUUUUGCUCAACCUGGUAGGAUCAUGGCUGUUAUGGGUCCUUCUGGUUGUGGCAAAACUACCUUACUCACCUCAUUGGCUGGAACACAUGCUGCAAAUGUUACAGAGGCUGGCAACAUUCAAAUCAACGGGAAAAGGAGAAAUUUGUACUCCAAACAAGUGUCUUUUGUGGGUCAAGAGGAACUUUUCUUGGGAACUUUAACUGUAAAAGAAACCCUCACAUACUCAGCAAAUAUGAGGCUACCUUCUAAAAUGACAAAACAAGAGAUAGACAAAGUUGUGGAAGACACAAUAAUUGAAAUGGGACUUGAAGAUUGUGCUAAUACUAAAAUUGGUAAUUGGCAUCUAAGAGGUAUUAGUAAUGGUGAAAAGAAAAGACUUAGCAUUGGUCUUGAGAUUUUGACACAACCCUUUGUGUUACUUCUUGAUGAACCAACUAGUGGACUUGAUAGUGCCUCAGCAUUCUAUGUCAUUCAAGCUCUAAGUAACAUUGCUUUUAAAGGAAAGAUUGUUAUUUGUUCAAUUCAUCAGCCUGGGUGUGAAACUUUUAAUAUUUUUGAUGAUUUACUUUUGCUCUCAAAUGGUGAAACUGUUUAUUUUGGAGAAGCUAAGAUGGCUCUAAAGUUUUUUGCUGAUGCAGGUUUUCCUUGUCCUAUCAAAAGAAAUCCUUCAGAUCAUUUCCUUAUGAGCAUUAAUUUGGAUUUUGACUUCAUUAAUGAAGCUCUUGCAAGAUGCCAUGUAAGCAUAGAAAUUUUAUGUAAUUCCAAUAUUGUAAGAAGCAGUGCCAAUUGGUGGAAGCAACUUAGCACAUUAACCAAACGGUCUUUCCUUAACAUGAACAGAGACUUGGGUUACUAUUGGCUAAGGAUAAUAUUCUACAUACUUACAGGAAUUACUAUUGGCACCCUCUUUUUUCACAUUGGCACUGGCAACUCCUCAAUUUUGGCUAGAGGAAAGUGUGUAUCAUUCAUUUAUGGUUUCAUGAUAAGUAUGUCAUGUGGAGGAUUGCCAUUUUUCAUUGUAGAAUUGAAGGUGUUCUAUGGUGAAAGAUCCAAAGGGCAUUGUGGAGAGGCUGCAUUUGUAAUAUCAAACCUUAUAUCAUCAUUCCCUUUCCUCCUUCUAGUAUCAAUCUCCUCUGGAGUUGUUAUUUAUUUCAUGGUUCAAUUUCAUCCUGGUUUUGAAAAUUGUACAUUUUUUUGUAUCAACUUAUUUUGCUGUCUAUCGGUUGUUGAGAGCUGUAUCAUGGUUGUGGCCGCAAUUAUCCCAAAUGUCAUGACGGGUAUAGGAACAGGGACCGGUUUUAUAAUUUUCAUGAUGAUGCCUUCCCAAAUAUUCAGACCACUAAAUGACCUUCCUAAGUUCUUUUGGCGCUAUCCAAUGUCCUAUCUCAGUUUUGCUUCUUGGGCAGUGCAGGGACAAUACAAGAAUGACAUGUUAGGGGUUGAGUUUGAUCCUCUACUACCUGGAGGCCCAAAAGUUACUGGAGAACAAGUAUUGCCAAUAUUAUUUGGUGUUUCACUAAGUCAUGGAAAAUGGUUGGACCUAACAGUUUUGGUUAUCUUAUUAUUUCUUCAUAGAUUGCUUCUUUUCUUGGUGCUUCGUUAUAACAAAAGAGGAAUAUCACAUUUGCUAUGGAUUUAUGCAAUGGGAAAUCUACAAUUUGCAAAACGAGGUUUACUGAAGAAAAAGCCAUCAAUGUCUUCUAAGAAACAAGAACCAACCCGUCCACUAUCGUCUCUAGAGAAUGCUAUGUCACCAGACUAUGCAAUAUUAAAGCUUUGAUAUAAUGCAUAUUGUAUUUUAUUGUGUAUUUACUCUGUUUUUCAUAUCAAAUAGUCUGGUGACUCGACUCACGUACCGUAAAUGUGGAGAAUGAAGAAUCUCGAGUUCGAAUUUAAACCUCCUGCAAAUAAUGUCUUUGAAAGUUACCAACUGAAUACACUUACAUGAGGCCUUUAUACUUGUUUUUAAUGUGUGUAUUAAGUAAUCCAUCUCAAUAAGGAUAUAAUUAUGCAUUAUACACUUAUAUAUUUGUAUACUUCAUUUUAAUGUGUACACUUAAUUAUGCAUUAUAUAAUGUCUCCCUACUU